AUGCCAAUUGGAAGGGAAUCUGUACAGCAGAACUUUCGCAUAGUAGUCAUGGGAACCGUUGGCGUUGGUAAAAGUUCUAUUAUAAGCAAAUUCAUGCACGGAAAAUUCUGUGAAAGCCAUAAAGAAACUAUAGAGGAACUUCACAGACACCGGAUGCAGUUUGAAAGUGUGAGUGUUGAUAUCGACAUUCUGGACACGUCCGGAUCUCAUCAGUUCCCUGCGAUGAGAAAGCUUGCUAUAGCAACAGGGGAUGCAUUCCUACUCGUCUUUUCUGUUAUUGAUCCAGAAAGCUUUGAAACUGUUAAAGACCUCCGGGCUGAAAUAAGAGAACAGAAACACAACGGACAGUACUCGAUAGUUGUUGUCGCAAAUAAAACUGAUAUAGACAAAGCAGAUAGUCAUUCACAUGCGGUGACCGGGUCGGUUGUGUGUAUGGACUGGGAGGAAAAGUAUGUAGCAACAUCUGCAAAAACAGGCACCAAUAUUGACAUUGUCUUUCAAUCCCUUGAAAAUAAAAUUAGAGAAAAAAUUAAGCCAGAAGAGAAACGUCCGACAUUUAUCAGAAGAAUUUCAUUGCCAGUGAUGAGAAAAUCUAAAUCAGAAAAAGCGGGUCUUUUAAAGCGCAUAUUUCGAACCCAAUCUUCGAAAAAAUGA